AUGUAUGGAAAGUGUGUAAAACUCGAGCUUGCGAGGGAUUUCUUCGAGAGAAUGCAGGACACAGACGCGGUGUCAUGGAACACCAUGAUCGCUGGUUACUUCCUCUACAACCAUAACGUCAAGGCUCUGGAGCUAUUUAAGUUGAUGGAUCUAGAGGGCGUUGGAGCGACGAAGGCGACCUUUGUGACAAUGCUAGAUGCUUGCUGGAGACUGGAUCAGACGAGAGUGAUCCACGAAGCUGUGAGAGAUAGUGGCGUGGAGAUCGACAAGGUCUUGGGGAGAGCUCUUAUGAACGCGUACAGGGCCUGUGGAAGCCUGGACGAAGUGAGACAAGCUUUUGAUCAAGUCUCUUUCUCUUCCGGUGGCUACAGUGCUCUUCUUUGGAAUGGGCUGCUGUCCUCUUUCUCUUGCUGUGAUGACGAUCGCUCGGCUGCCAGAGUAUUCAUUCAUAUGCAACUCGAGGGUAUCCAAGAUAAAUAG